UCUUGCUAGUCUUCUGUUCUGUUAAAUGCUUCGCAAACCAGAAUAAAGGAAGAGACAUGAAGAGUUGAAUUUCACUGCCUUGUUUGGAACUGGGUGGAAAUCCUGGAGAUGGAUCUCUUAGGAGACUGUCUUCCAAUUGGGUUAGAUGCACAGGAGCAAUGGAUCGCCCCAGCUACCUGGAAGAGGACUAUUCUAGCCUGGAUGGGCUGGACGAUGACGUGUUUCACUCUGAUGACUUUGGACUUGCAGGUCAGCCUGGUGAGAUGACUGCAACUGGCAUUUUCACACAGAACCAGUCCUACAGCUGCCUUCUGGGGAGGUUUCAACUAUUCCCCCUCACACACUGCUGUGGUCCCGGUAGCAGGCAUCCUGAGCAGCAGGACAAGGCAACUCAAACACUCAGCCCGUCCUCUUCCAGUCAGGAUGUUAUGUUGCCUUGUGGAGUCACUGAAGAGCCCCGGAGACUCUUCUAUGGGAAUGCUGGUUACCGUUUACAUGUUCCUCCAGUUGGCUUUGCAUUGGAUCCACGUCUCCAAGAGGAGCCUCAGGAGGAUCAGCGGGAAGCACGUGCUGAGGUGCAGAUUGCACGGAAGUUGCAGUGCAUUGCAGACCAGUUCCACCGGCUCCACAUACAAAGGCAUCAGCAGAACAGAAAUCAAGUGUGGUGGCAGCUUUUUCUCUUUCUGCACAACUUGGCCUUAAAUGUGGAGGCGAACAGGAACCACACUGGGCAGAGGUGAGCUUCGCCACCUGUUUUAGGCCACAUCCAGUCUGCAGGGAGCACUGAACAAACACUGGUCCGGGGGAGAGACAUGCACACUGCUGGCCGGAUGCGAGGACUCUGUGAAAUUCUUAUACUCACCUUCAAAUUUGGGGUUUUUAUGGACUCUUCUUUGCUGCUUGCUGCCUCACGAGGCAGGAAGCUCUUGUCCAACACUGUUGAAGGAAAGUUAGAAUGUGGGUGUGUUUGGUAACGCUUGCUGCUGGUUCCCCGUGCUGGUAACCUCUGUGCAAGAGAGGCAGGUAUUAGACUAACAGCUUCCUCUGCUGUUAGUGUAGGAGUUUGUCAUUUGGCUGCUAGUUGGAAAGGAUGUCUGUGAUUGAUGACUCUAAACGUACUUUGGGUAUCUUCCAGAGUAGAGAUGCUUGGUUCCUCCAUGAAGACAGUUCUUUUUAGCAACAAUAACAUUCAAGUAGCUUAUAUCCAGCAGGUUGCUUGCUUGUUUUCUGCAUGGAUUACUGCUUAUUUUCUUGGAUCUUUUGUGAGAAAACAUCACAAAGAUAAUUGAUCUCUUAAAUCUUUCCAUUGAGCACUAGCUGUGGAUCUCUCACGAGAUUGUUCUUUCUCAUUGCCCCAAAUGGACAAAAUUGUUUCUAUAAGAACAUUCUUCAGCACCCUGCUUGGAGUUACUGGUGGCUAUUCAGUGUCUGCAAUUGCUUCCAGUUCAGUUGAUCGCUGUGCCUGUAAGCCAGCAUGGAGCUGAAAACCAUGAAAUAAGACUCAAGCAUCAAUGUCCUACAAUGCUAAUGUAUAUUUUUUAUUAGUUUUAUGAUGGGUGUUUGUUUUGUUUUGUUUUCUAUUACUAUAAUGUGAUUGGUCAGGAAGGCUUAGGUCCCAGGCAUCUGAUAUUUGUUUCAGAAUUUGACAGGGAAAUUAAUUAGCAACUAGUUUGACAUGUACACUGUACCAGCAAUCUGUCCAUUACUCUACUAAGUAGUAUUUGGAGGCUGCUGUAAACGUAUAUUGACCAGCAGCAGUAAUACUACUUCAAGUGAGAUCAUCUAAGGGUUUCUGGUUUUUAUCUGCUCAGAUGUUUGUCUGUAUGACUGACACUAUUAGAGCACAGCACGGGAGAAUUACCUGCCAAAUGAAAUACUUCUGUGUAGCCUUAAAUAUUGUUAAUUGACAAACCCAGUGACAACUUGGAUAAAAUAUUACUAGUAAAGCAACACAUCUUUUAUAUUCUUCAGAGAGUUUCUGUAUUUCCACUGCAACUUGUUGUAAAUCUCAGAUUAUAAAACUAGCUUAAAGUUCUGUCCAGAGAACUACUGUUCAGUACUGCUACAAAUGUCAACUUCAGGUAUUGAAGAAUUCUUCUGCUCUUAGUCUACUCUGGAAAAAUAAGCAUUAUUGUAUGGGAAGAGUAGUUUACUUGCACAUGUGCUUUCUCUUCCACCCCUCCUGCAUGUCCUCUAAUUCUUUUUCAUUUUUUUGUAUAAUCUCAUGAUUGCACUGUAGUGUCUGGUAACAAUUUGCUGAACACAGUUAUAUUUGAACUUUCUCCCUUUGUCCCAGCCUCAUUUUCUUAACUUGCAUCCUGCUUUACUGUGGCAAAAAGAGCUUUAGCUCCCUGAGACAGGUCCCAAAGCUUUUUUCAUUUGCAUAUGUUCAACCACUGUCUUUCAGCAUAAUGAGAGUUUGUUUUACCCCUCUAUGUUGUUUUUCUAGCUAGGGUGAUAGUUUGUCCAGGAUUAUUGAGAAUUCAUAUAAAUUAAUCUGAAGUUAUAUGUUAGGGGUCAGGUUUUAGGGGGGGGCGCUUUUUAGAGGGAGAGGGACGAACAAUUUUUGGUUUUGUAUUGUUUCUUUAAGCAUGUGCACUACAGAGUUACCCAGAGGGACACAAGUGGUACCUGUUGUUGACUUUGUUGCUGCACUAUGGGAAGCCACUCUCUGCACAUGUUUACAGAGAUCAGGCUUUCCAUACCUUGCUUUGCACAGUCUACUUGGAGUAAAUGCUGUUCACUGGAGAACAGAGAUUUAAAGAAGGGAGAAGCCUGAGUGGUAGUGCAAGGAGAGACUGAACUGGGGACCCCCUGGAAGCUGGAUGUUUAAAAGAUAACUCUCUAAAUGGAGGACAUUUGGCUAACGUGAAAGCUGUUAAUGAGGCAGGAGUGGACCUGCUGAGGUUCGGGUAGGAGUGCAGCAAUGCUGUCUGCCAGUAUAGCAUCCUCUGGGACAUGAUGCUUGCAUUUUCCUUUUGGUUGGCAGGGACCUUUCAUGAGAUGCAGUCACAGACCAGCAGAUCAAAGCUAUAUCGUAGUAGCGCAGCAAAGUAAGAGAGAUUCAGCAAGUGCAUCUGACACUUGAAAACUAUUGUGAGCUUUCCCCUUCCCCUUCCACUUGACUUGAUUGCCAAACAGGCUAGCUAAAUCCAAGUGCAAAUAAGGCUUGGCAUGUUCUGUAGGUGGGUAAGCUGGGAAGAUAUGUCUGGUUUUGGCACUGGCUGGUGUUGUGACCCUACCAGUUUAUCUAGGACAAGUCUUUUCUCAACUUGGAAAAACAAAUACCUGAAAUUGUUCUGCAGUCAUGUUGGCUACCUGACCAGAAUCAUUUGUUUCAGUGAGAGAGACAUCUUUUCAAGUCCGUAUUUCCCAGUGGAACAACAGGCUUAUCAAAAUUGUUCAUUCCAGGGUCUCAAGUUAAAAUCUCCACGAACAACAAUACUUCAUUGGAGACAUAAAGCUAAUUCUAGACAAAGACUGACUUCCUGCAAUAUGUGUGGUGGUUACUGUUGCCAGAGAUUUACAACCACUGAUAAUAUAUUUUAAUUUUAUUCCAUAUCUGCCUAUCUUGGAGAAAGGAAAUAUACUCUGUCAGCCCAAAAGUCUUAUCCUGCUUCAUGUAGAUUUUGAAGAGCAGACUGGUUAUUCACUUAAGGAAAAAGGAGUUACUUCAUACACACAAUUCACCUACUUGAGGAAAUGUUGAGUACUUGUGAAGAUUUUUCCUUCUCACCUGGCCAGACAUUUCUGUCUUCUCUAGAGAAUGGAGAAUAUCUAGAGUAGAUUUCACAUGUUUAUCAACAAAUACAUAGAUGCACAUCACCCAUGUAUUUGUCACCCAUCCCAUGUUGGUAGGGCCCCUCAGCGUGCACUGAGGAAAUCUUCCUCUCAGAAUACCUGUUACGAUGUGGCUACAGAUAUAAGUAGAUUGUUUGGGGAAGCAGUUCUGAUGAACGUGGUUUGAAUCCUGUAAGGGAAGGAGAAUGCUCAAAUUUUUCAUUAUUAGUUUGUCUUCAUGAAAAGAAUGGGAUACUGUUCCUCUCUGUGGUGUAGAACUAACUACAAUUUAGUGAGAACAGUAGGAUCUUUCUCCUAAAACAAAUUCCUGUUUUUAAUGAGCCAUUCUUAAGAACAGCUUGAGUUGCUGCUGAUGGCACCGGCAGUGCUGAAAUAUCUUGCUUUCCUUUCCCAGAUCUCCAAAACAGCUUCAGACCUCAGCUCUCCUUGAGAGAGUUCUCAGUGAAAGUUCAUUUCUAUAUCAUUUCCCACCCUGUCAAGUAUCUUGUAACCCAGCCCAUCCCUGGAUCCAGUAAGCCUGGUGCUAGUAGGGAAUAGUUAGUUUUACUUUUGUUUCCUGCAAUUCUUGAAAGCUGAGCCAGUAAUCACAAAGUGACUGCCCAGGAAUAGCUGCAAAUUGCCGAAAGUAGGAUACAACAAAGGCAGAGAAGAAAAUGGAUUUGCAUAGAUAGGGUUGCCAUCUGGGAUACAGGGAUCUGCAUAGGGACUGUAGACUUCUCCCAAGGUCUCUGGUAGCACUGAAGUCCUGCAUAACUGAUCACACAUCUCAGUUUCCAGGAUUUUAUUGGUUUAUAAGGGUUUUGCAUAUUCCACUGCAAACCACUUUCCUGUAGUACCAAGUCUGCCUUUCUUUUACAAGUUGAAAUAGCCGCUUAGUAUUAAAUGUUUGUUGGCUAAACUCUUAUUAGAAGAGUCUUACUAGAAAGAAACUUCCCUAUCAGCCUUUGCUUUGGAGCUAUGUGUCAACAGGAGGAUAGAGGAGAGGAACCCAGCCCUUCUUGAUGUAGGAAGGAUGAUUGCAAAGACUACUUUCUACUGGCUGGCAGCUUUAUCUGUUCAAGCCUGGAUUGGUUAUGAGAUGUGCACAUGAGAGUACUUCAGCCCUCAAGUUGCUCCACAGUAGUCACCAGAACUUGGCACUAUUCUGGGAAACUGCAGAUUCUUCCCCUUGGUAGACUAGGAAGAAGCUUUUUAAACUUUUUUUGAAAAAGAAAAGAAAAUUGCUUGAGGCAGUUAAGUUGCAGUGUGAGUCUGUCGACCCUGUAAAAUUAAUUCCAUCCUCCCUCUACUGGUCCUAAUCCCUAUCUCUCUUGAAGCUAUAGGAAUGGCGAGACUGGGAUGUGUCGGAUGGUAUACUUUUGAGGGCAUCUUUAAAGAGAAAAAUAUGGAGUGCUCUUAGCAGGUAUGCUAGGAGCUGAGCAAGAAUGCAGAAAUGCGGAGGUCUUGCCUUGUCUUACUAGCUAUAUUUACUGGGAGAUUAUAAAUAAAGGGACCGUGUAACGCCCAUUCACAUUCAUGGGAGCUCUGCUUAUGGACCAAGUACUAUAGAGUAUUAGCAUAGUUUGACAAAAAGGGUUUUCAAUAACAUUGCUCAAAUGAGUCUCUUUCAAACUGGCAAUUGUGGUCAUUGUUUUCAGAAAUGCCUACGUGUUGCCUUUAAUUUUUUUUAGAAAGAAGAAAUACCUCAAGGAAUUGAUAAAAGAUCAUAGGACAAUCUUUUACAGUUCCUAAAGACUUCAGUGGUCUCUGUUUCUUUGGUUUGCAUGUGUUCACACAGGUGGUACACAACUUAGUUCUCCUCCACAAGAAAAGCAGAAAAGACCAAACACAUCAAAUGCACUGGAAUGUAAUUGUGUGUGCGUGCGUGCAUGCAUGCGUGUUUGUGUGUGUAUGUGGGUGUGUGUUUUUAAACUGAAUGCAGUCUGACAUCCCCCACCCCUUCUCUCUUCCAUGUGCCUCCCCCCCCUCCCAGCCACAGAAAGGAGGGUCUCUUCCUGUGAAUCCCAUGCUGGAAGUUGGUUUCUGGGAAGUGAAACCUACUGUCUGUGGACUGUUUUUUAAAGCCAUGUUUCAGUUCUGUCUUCAGACUCUUUGCUGCCUUUGGGGAAUGGAGGGGUGGGAAGGGUAGAUUCUUAGAAUGUUUUUAAAAUCCAUUAUGAAAAUGUUGCAUGUAUAGAGUUAUUCUUAAAUCUAAAGGAGUGUCCCAGGAGCUCCUGGACACAGCUCCAGGAGAGCAUCGUCAUAGAUUCCUCAGCUCCAGUUUUGAUUGCUUUUAUGAGAGGAAAAUUUGAUGACAAAAAGGGGGAAGAGACUGGUGUCAUGUAAAGAAGACAGUCACUGUCUUAAAUAAAUGUCAGAAGUUAAACUUCUAGUAGGAAACUGUUGAAACAGCCCAAGGGAUUUGUGUGCCUGUUUCCACUAGGUACAUUUGAAAAUCCUGCCACCGAAUUGGAUAUUGAGCAUCUAGAUUGUUUCUUUAGUAAAAUUAAUCAUGUACCUUGCUGUCUUCUCUCUUCAGUGGUAUCAAGGAUGUAGCACUGUUUCUAGGUAAAAUUUACUGAUGGGAAUACUGUGAAAUGUGGAUUCACAUUUUCUGCCUCACCGUCCUAUGUGAAUUUUGUACUUUUAUGAGAUAGAUUUGUUUGUUUUUUGUUUUCUAACUUUGGAGUUCUUCAUUUGGAAAAGCAAAGGGGUAAGGAGAGGUAGAAUUUGCAGUGUACUUAAUGAACUUUCCAUACCCUCAAUAAAGAGUUUUCCCACAGUAAAUAUAUUAUACCAUCCUGCUGCAGAAGUAAACCCGAUGCUCUCCUGUGAGACCUCUGUCUGGAUUAGUCCUGAAGUGCACACAUCCUCUUUGCCAUGGACUGAGACCCAGUGAGAAUGUAGCAUUUUGUUUAUCCCGGUUGUGUGCCUCCAGGACUCCUGCCUGUACCAAUGGUGACUGGGCAGUGCUCCUUUUUUGUAUCUGUACAGUAUAUUUGCUUUGUGCUUUCUUUCUUUGGUGCUUUUUAAUACUUUAAUACUUGGAUUUUUUUUCUAAUAACUGGUACAAUU